CUCCUCUCCGUCAACCAUGCUCUCGUUCGCGAGCGUGAUGGUUUAGCUAGAAACGCCGGACAUGGGGGGCAGAGGCCGGCCAAGAAAGAAAGAUCCGCCGCCUAAGGGUGGUGCUGCAACAAAAAUAAUAGAUCUGAAAGAUGAUAAUGGGGAGCAAAAUAGCAUCUCAGUUGAGGAAACCAACAAAGAGCAAACAGAGGUCGUGAAGCUUGCUGCUUGCGAUCCUCAUCAGAUGGGUCUUGAAAUUGAGAAAUCAGGGCGUUUGAGCCCAGAUCUAGGGGAGAAAGAAGGGGACGAUGAAGGGAUUUCGCUAGAUCUAGCUGUCUCGACGCAAGGCCAAAGGAAAAGCAGAUCUGAUGCUGGUUCCAAGGAUGAAAGAGCAGAUAAGGGGAAGAACGUGGUCGGCCCCGUGGAAGGGAAAGUAGCGAAGGGGAAGAAGGGAGUGCACUCGGAGACUCAGCCUUUUGUCAUCCAGAUGAAGCAACCUUCUGGGGAAAAAGACGCUGGUUCUACAUCCGGUACGGGGAUUUCUCCUAGUGCUCGGUGGAGUGAUCUGAUUGAGAAGGAGAAAGGGGAAUUUCAACCAUCCCUAAAGCAGAAGCCACUGCGUAGUUGGGCUUCGGUUGUGGAAGGGAAUAGGGAUAUCAGUAAAGGAUGGGAUUUGCAAUACAUAAAACCUCAAGAUCCAACUAGUAUUGUGGUUAUUACCGAGGAUGAGUGGGUUAAAGGGUCAAAGAUUUGGGAGAAUGCUCUUGUUGGGUAUGUUCUGGGAUCUAAACCUGAGUUUAAGGAUAUUGCUAAUUUCAUGAAUAACAGUAAUGGAGAUGCAAAGCAGGCGGUGCUAGAGAGACGCUGGACAUUUAAUGGGCACCCUUUGAUUUUGAAACAGUGGACUCCAGAUUUUGAUCUUGACAAUUUGGAUAUUAGUAAGAUUCCUGUCUGGAUCCAAUUUCCUGAACUCCAUUUGAGUCUUUGGAACCCUGAGAGCUUAGGAAAGCUAGCAAGCUAUGUGGGAGUUCCUAUUGCAACUGAUGCAUUAACAGCCAAAAGGCAAAGAGUGGCUUAUGCUCGUAUGCUAGUAGAGAUGGAAAUCAUGGACACCCUGCCCCGUGUAGUUCCUAUUAUUGGUCCUAAGGGGGAAAGAAAUGAGCAAAGUCCAAUGCAACUGGAAGUGGGAGCUGUGAAGUCAAUGAAUCUGCAAAGUGAGACUAGUACUGGCACAGGGGAUAAAGGGAUGAUGCAAAAGGCAGCAGGGGGAGAAUCUUCUGUAAUUGGGGAUGUUAAAUUUUUGUGCACAAUUGUCUAUGCUUUUAAUACUUUUGAUGGUAGACUAACAUUAUGGGAUCAAGUUAGAGCUCUAGACGUUGAAAAUGUGCCAUGGAUAAUUUCUGGAGACUUUAAUACAACUCUAAAUUAUGGUGAAAGGGUGAAGCCUAGUGGAGUUGUUUGGGGAGAUACCUCUGAGCUCAAGGAUUUUGUCAGUAGAAUGGAGGUUUUUGAUUUGCAAUUUUCAGGUGCUUUCUUCACUUGGAGUAAUAAGCAAGGGGAAAAUGACAGGCUGUGGUGUAAGCUAGACAGGGUAAUGGCUAAUUCAUCAUGGGUUAGUGCAUUCCCAAAUACUUCUGUUGUCUUUCUAAACCCACAAUCCUCAGAUCACUCACCCUCUUUAGUGACUAUGGAUGUAUUGAUGAACGAGAAACCAAGGCCAUUUAGAUUUUGCAAUGCUUGGUCUAAGGAUGAAAACUUCCUUGAUUUGGUUAGGGAAGCUUGGAGUGUGGAUGUUCAGGGCUGCCCUAUGUUUGUUGUAGUGCAGAAAUUGAAAUUGAAUGCUUUAUUUGAUGAGACUUUGGCUGCAAAGGAAAAGGAAUUUCAACGUGAAUUAACUAAGCUUGAGAGAGCAAAUCUGUCCGUAAUUGCCCAGCGAGCUAAAGUAACUUGGCUAAAGGAGAUGGACUCUAAUUUUGCUUAUUUUCAUGCUAAAGUAAAGGAGAGACAGCAUAGAAGUGUUAUUAACUCCAUCCUGAAUAGUGAAGGAGUUAGAGUGAAUCAGCCUGAACUUAUAGAACAAGGGUUUUUAAUGUUCUAUCAAAACUUGUUUGGAAAGGCAAAAGAAGGUGUUCAAGCAGUUGAUAUGAAUGUUAUCCGCAGGGGUAGAGUGUUAACUACCAAAGAGUUAGAAGAGUUAUGCAGGCCAUUUACUGCUAAGGAAGUGGAGACUGCCCUAUUUUCAAUUCCUUCUAACAAAUCACUAGGGCCUGAUGGAUUCACUUCAGGGUUCUAUAGAGCAGCCUGAUCAAUAAUUAAAAAUGAUGUCA